CAUAACUGUGAAUGAAGCUUCGCGGAAGCUGCCAUAGCUCCUUUUAAUACCUUCCCUUCCUUGCUCUUUCCUCUCAACCACUCUCCCUUCCCCUUCGCCUUCCUUUCCCUCCUCCUCCUCCUCCUCCGCCAUCGCCAUGAAACUCGUCCCAGUCAUCACCUCCAAAUUCCUCCGCCUCAGCCCCAAACGCCUCUUCCGCCUGAAGGAUCGCUCCGAUCCAUCCUCCUUCAGUUCCGGCGCUUCCUCUACCUCCUCAUCCGAAGGAUCCUACGGAGGCGGAAGCCGCCGCAAGCCCGAUCCCGCCUCAACGCCUAUCAGCGUUCUGCCUGAGAUCUCCGGAGACUGGUCCCAGAUUUCCGCCGGAGAUCGCGAUUUUUACGCCGAGCUUGUUCAGGCGUUUAAAUUGAUCGAUCGGGAUGACGACGGUAUGGUCUCCAGGAGCGAGCUCGCGGCGCUUCUCAGCAGGCUGAGCCCCGAUCCGCCGAGCCAGGAGGAGGUGAGCAUGAUGCUGAGGGUGGUUGACGGUGGCGACGACGGUUGCAUCAGCCUGGAGGAGCUGGCGAACCGCGUGGCGGGAAGCUCGGCGGCGGGAUCGAUGGAGGCGGGGGAGCUGAGGGAGGUGUUCGGAUUCUUCGACGCGGACCGCGACGGGAGGAUUUCGGCGGAGGAGCUGCACCGAGUGUUCGCCGUAAUCGGAGACGAACGGUGCACGUUAGAAGAGUGCCAGCGCAUGAUAGCGACCGUCGAUGGGAACGGAGAUGGGUAUGUUUGCUUCGAUGACUUCUCUCGCAUGAUGGAGCUCCAGCGAUGAUCAUCAUGAUGGGUGAAUGGUGAUGGUGAUGAUGAUGAUGAUGAUGACACAUCACUAUACUUUAAAUUUAAAAUUUUACCAUUUCAAUAUAAUCUCUUAAUUUUUUAAUAAAGGUAAAUUACGUUUUAUUAUAGUUUGAUUUGAUUAUUUCGGAAUUGAUUGUAUUUAUUCAAUAUAACAUUUAAACUUCAACCUUCA